AUGGAAAAUCAGAAGAAAAAUGCCACUGAGGUGAAUGUCAAGAUCGAUAGCAUGUUCGGAGCUGAAUGGGUGAAUGGGAUAAUACGAAAAGCUGAAAUCAGUAGUAGGAGAGCUUCAGCAAAAUGUGGAGAUCCAAGAGCAUUUACGCUGCCUUGCAUAAUAGGAGAUUUCAAGUUCAAUAAUUGCCUCUGCGACUUAGGGGCAAGCGUGAGCCUGAUGCCACUCAGCGUUGCAACGCGACUUGGACUAUACUCCUUCAAGCCGACCCAAGUCAAAAUCUUAGUCCUAGUUGAUCGCUCUACCCGACAUCCAGAAGGGGUAUUGGAGAACCUACCAAUGCAAAUUGGGAACUUCUACAUACCUACUGAUUUCAUUGUUUUGAAACUUGACGAAGAAUCUCAAGAACGCAUUAUGCUUGGAAGACCCUUCCUGGCCACUGCAGGGGCAAUGAUAAACGUUCGAGAGGGCAAAAUUGAUUUGCACAUGGAUGAUUUGGUCUUGAGAUUCAAUUUGGAGAGAGUAGCUAAGAAACCCACCAUCGAUGGCCAAACCUUAUGGAUUGACACAAUAGAAGAGAUAGCAGAUGAGAUCUCUGAAGAAGUAUGUUCGAAUGAGCACCUGGCCGUAGCUAGGGUACUUGACUAA